AUUUUUGGAUUGGUUUUGGUGUAUUUUGGGUUAAUUUUGGGCUAUUUUUGGGCUGGUUCUGGGGUCACUUUGGGUCGGUUUUUGGGGUCACUUUUUGGGUUCGCCCGCCCCGCACGCUCUCGCGCCGCGUUCUGUCCCUUCCCGGCCGCCGUCCCACGUGGCCUUGGCCCCGCCCCCUGCCGCUGCCCACGUGACGCGGGGCCCGGGGCCGCCAUGAUGGCGGCGGACGGCGGGGCCGGGCCCGGGCGGGCCCUGGAGGCGCUGCUGGAGAUGGGAUUCGGGGCCCGGCGCGCGUGAGGGCGGCGACACCGGGGGGGCGGCAGGGAGGGGCGGCCGGGCGAAGGCGCUGGCGCUGACCGGGAACCGCGGGGUGGAACCGGCGAUGGACUGGCUGGUGGCUCACGAGGACGACCCCGACUCGGACUCGGACCCCGAGGCCCCCCUGGAUUUGGGGGCGCUGCCCUCGCUGCUGGGGGGACCCCGGGCGCCGCCGGGGGAGCAGGACGAGACCCAGAAGGCGCUGUCGGAGGCCGGGCAGGAGCGCGAGCGGCGGCGCCGCGGGCAGGAGCUGGCCAAGCUGCGGGAGUGGCGGCGGGACGAGGAGCGGCGCCGCGCGGCCGAGGAGCGGCGGCGGGACCGGGCCGAGGAGCGCGCGGCGCGGCAAAGAGUGCGCGAGAAGAUCGAGCGGGACAAGGCGGAGCGAGCGCAGAGGUUCGCCCCGGCCCCCCCGGCCCCCCCGGCCGAGCCCCCCCAGGAGGCGCCGGCGCCGCGGGAAUACGACCAGUGCCGCAUCCAGGUGCGGCUCCCGGACGGGCGCGCUCUCACGCAGAGCUUCCGCGCGCGGGAGCCGCUGGCGGCCGUGCGCCUCUUCGUGGAGCUGCACCGGGGCCCGGGGGGCGGCGCCGGGAGCCCCCCCGAGCCCUUCAGCCUCCGCACGGCCUUCCCCCGGCGCCUCUUCACCGAGGAGGACAUGGAGAAACCCCUGCAGGAGCUGGGCUUGGUUCCCUCCGCCGUCGUCAUUGUGGCCAAGAAAGAGGGGAGCUGAGGGGGCACCCCAAAAACCCCAAAUAAACCCCAAAACCCCAAAA